UCGGCGUCCAUGCGAGCCACACACUCCCUUCCUGGACGGGCGGAGAGGCAGCCGGAGAGGCAGCCGGAGAAAGGGGGCGAGCGAGCGAGCGAGCGAGCGGACGCCGGGGCAGCGGCCUGAGCCGAACAUACCUGCAGCCUGUAACUUUACAGCCCGACAAAUAUCACAGCCUCAAGAAGUGGACGGUGGCGCUUUUAUGGAGGAGAGACGCAGCCGACGCCCCCUAAGCUGGCCCUGUCCCCAGUGAAGCCCCAACGCUAUCACCAUGUCCCAGCUGCUGCACCUGGAGAUCCCCAACUUCGGCAGCACGGUGCUGGGCUGCCUGAACGAGCAGCGGCUGCAGGGCCAGCACUGCGACGUGUCCAUCGUGGUGAACGGCCAGGCCUUCAAGGCGCACCGCGCGGUGCUGGCCGCCAGCAGCCUCUACUUCCGCGACCUGUUCAGCGGCAGCUCCAAGGCGCAGUUCGAGCUGCCGUCGUCGGUGGCGCCCGCCUGCUUCCAGCAGCUGCUCUCCUUCUGCUACACGGGCAAGCUGACCAUGGCGGCCAGCGAGCAGCUGGUGAUCAUGUACACGGCGGGCUACCUGCAGAUCCAGCACAUCGUAGAACGGGGCAUGGACCUCAUGUUCAAGGCCAACUCGCCGCACUGCGACUCGCAGACCGCCGCCAUGGAGGACACGGGAUCCGAGCCCCAGAGCCCCAGCAACAACCCGGCAGCGGCACUGGGCCCGCCCUGCUGGUCCAUGUCCGUGUCCGGCGCCAGGGGCAGGAUUAAGCAGGAAGGGUGCGAACCCCCGCUUUCUGUACCCGGCGUGGGGCAGAAGCGGGCAGCGGGGGAGGCGGCCACAGCGGGGGUUCGGCUGGGGCGGGGCAGCUCGCUCUUCUUCACUGGGGCUGGCGGCAGUGUCAUCUUCCCAGGCAUGCAGUCCUACCAGCUCACCACUGGGGAGCGCUCCAGUCCCGGAGCGUCCAGUCUGCCCACCACUGACAGCCCCACCUCCUACCAGAACGAGGAUGAGGAGUUUGAGGAAGAGUCAUACGACAGCAUCGCGGAGGAUGUUUAUGGGCAGGGUUACGUUCGCUCUGGUAAUCCCUACAUCAUCACGGACAAGCAGGACGCGGCGGCCAUGCCCCUGCCGCCCGAGGGCCGCUCCUGCGUGCUGAUCCGCCGUGACCUGGUGGCACUGCCCGCCAGCCUCAUCAGCCAGAUCGGCUACCGCUGCCACCCAAAGCUGUAUUCGGAGGGCGAUCCCGGGGAGAAGCUGGAGCUGGUGGGAGGCACCGGCGUGUUCAUGACUCGGGGGCAACUGAUGAACUGCCACCUCUGCGCAGGGAUCAAGCACAAGGUGCUACUGCGUCGUCUUCUGGCCACAUUCUUUGACAGAAACACACUGGCUAACAGCUGUGGGACAGGGAUCCGUUCGUCCACCAGUGACCCCAGCCGUAAGCCGCUGGACAGCCGUGUGCUGAACGCCGUCAAACUUUACUGUCAGAACUUUGCUCCGAACUUCAAGGAGAGCGAGAUGAACGUCAUCGCGGCGGACAUGUGCACCAACGCGAGGCGGGUACGGAAACGCUGGCUGCCCAAGAUCAAGUCUAUGCUGCCUGAUGGCAUGGAGGUGUACCGGGGUGGGCCUGCCGUGGGGGGUGGCCAUGGCAUGGCGGGGGCAGGUCUCUCCUUACCCUUCGAGGCUGACUUCAAGCCGCUUACUCCAGCCAAUCUGAGCUUCGAGCAGCGGCCCUACACCGAGCGCAAAGAGACACCGCGGACUCCCCUGCAACUGGGCGGGGCCAGCCCGGGGCCGAGCAUGGAGGAGGCGGAGCCUGAGCUGGAAGGGCCCCCGGCAGAGGAGGAGCCAGAGGAAGAGGAAGCAGCGCUACACAGCUUGGAGGGGACCGUCCCCCUUACUCCGGGGGAUGACCCAGAAGGGGACGGAUGCCAGUCCCCCACAGCUGAGGAGCAGCAGAAGGAGGAGACAGGGGAGGACCUGCGAAUAAACGGCCAGUGAGACCAGCAUCUGAUCACCUGCCUCUCAGAAGGAGACUCUGCACCACACUGAAACACGCUGCAUUAAAUGCCGGUGUGUUCUUUGCAUGCACAUCUGUUACGCACCUGUAGGGGGAGCAGGAGAGGCCACUGAGACCUAGAAUAUAAAUGCACGUCAACAUGUACAUACAUACACCCACACUCACGCAGUCCUGAACUUCUCGGAGGUGACUGAGUAUCGAAUGCAAGCUUCUCUGUGAAAAUGGUGACCAAUUUAGUUUCCUGUGUUUAACCCAGUUAGUAGUUACCUAAACAGAGAUUAACUGCUCAUUAUCUCCAGAAUCACGUUCAGCAUAGACCUGUAUUUAAAAAAAGUGUUAUUUCCUUAUGUUUAAGUACACUUAAUAAACAAAGAUUCACAUGAAUGUAUCCAUUCAUGAUCUGUUAGUCCCAGCUUUUCUGAAAAGUACGAUGAGAAAUUGACAGUCAGUAACAAAAAGGGUGAUUUUUCUUCCCCUUAUUUUUAAAAUCAAACUUUCUACAUGUAUAGAAAAUUUGAAUUCAUUGGGAAAGGGAUAAAAUGACAUGGUGAAGUGUUAAUUUUUAAGAGAGACAAGAUGUGUCUCCAUGGAAAAUGGGACUUUUGUUCAGCAUUGUAGAGUCCAAUAACGGCCAGUCAUGGAAAUUUGCAUUAGGAAAUGUGUCUAAUGUCUAUAUGAAGCAUGACUGGCCUGUAAAGCGUGUUUGUACACCCUGUCCUGUACAGAAGAGUGGGAAGUGAAAUGAUUUCCUGGCUUCAGAUUAAGAACCUUCUGGACUUAUAGCAAAAGGGCUUCUUCCCUCUCUGUCCUGUUUCAAGUCCCCCGACACGCCUGAACACUUCACAAGUGGUCGUGUCCGGCCAGGCGUCUGGAGGUCGAAAAGGAUCAAGAUCCACAAGCUAUGGGGGGGGAUAUGUAUCACUUGUGCCCCCUGCUGGGGGACAUCCUCCCCAGCCUUCUGCCUGCCACGGCUGGCAGUGCAGGACAGAAGGGGGGUAAACGCACCAAAUACACCUGCAUGCAGCCCAAUAAGACGAGCAAAGCCAGGCUCCGACAUGAAUACAAAACACAAAAAAAAAAACAUGCUUCAGUUGCUUGGAGAUAAAUAGUCGCUCUUGUAAACAAA